GUUCUUCCUCCUCUCUUCUAAAUUUCGAUUCCUUUUCUGGAUCUCACAACCCGAAGACGAAGAGAGACACAAGUUGAUAGAGAGAUGACACUGUUUCACUUCUUCAACUGCGCGAUUCUCACCUUCGGCCCUCACGCCGUCUAUUACUCCGCCACUCCCUUGUCCGAGUACGACACACUUGGUACUUCUGUUAAAGCUGCUCUUGUUUAUCUUGGAACUGCUUUGGUUAAGCUGGUUUGCUUGGCAACCUUUCUUAAGGUGUCUGAGAAUGAUAGCUUUGAUCCGUAUCAGGAACUACUGAAAGCACUUAUUGGAUUUAUAGAUGUUGCUGGGCUUUACUUUGCCUUGACCCAAUUGACUCAUAGGAACAUCUCCCAAAAUCAUAAAUUUCAAGCUGUUGGACUUGGAUGGGCUUUUGCUGAUUCUGUUUUACAUAGACUGGCACCUCUGUGGGUGGGAUCUAGAGGACUAGAAUUCACAUGGGAUUACAUUCUGCAAGGCCUUGAAGCAAACGCAAACUUGGUGUUGAGUAUAUCUCUUGCUGCUUUGGGAUCUCUGAUGUGGCUUCGGAAAAAUAAACCCAAGACUUUGAUUCCCAUCAUAUAUGCAUGUGCGGGAAUUGUGGCAACCAUGCCAUCUAUCACAAGCUAUUUGAGAAGAGGAUUGGGGUGGCAUUUUCCUAAGGUGGUAGGCUUUGAACUGUUCACCUCUCUGAUGAUGGCUUUUAUUAGCUGGCAGCUCUUUUCUGCAUGUCAAAGACCCUCUUCUUGAGGCAGUCCAGUAGCUUCUCUAACAGCAGAUAGUUUGGCUGAAGAAAAAGCUCUCGAAGCAUAUUGCUGUUAAUUAUCACUGCCGAUUGUUGCCUCAAGAGGCUGUUGUGUUGCUUUUAAAUUGCCAGUCUCUUCUAUAUAACCUUCAGAAAUUAUUGAGAAACAAUUUUGACUUGCAC